AGCAAUGAUGAGCACUGCCAGGGAGUCCCAUCCGCAUGGGGUGAAGCGUUCAGCCUCCCCAGACGACGAUCUUGGAUCUAGCAAUUGGGAAGCAGCAGACUUAGGUAAUGAAGAAAGAAAACAGAAGUUCUUGAGAUUUAUGGGUGCAGGAAAGAAAGAACAUACUGGCAGUCUUGUUAUAGGAGACCACAAAUCAACAUCUCACUUCCGAACAGGGGAAGAAGACAAGAAAAUUAAUGAAGAACUGGAGUCUCAAUAUCAGCAAAGUAUGGACAGUAAAUUAUCAGGAAGAUAUCGACGACAUUGUGGACUUGGCUUCGGUGAGGUAGAAGAUCAUGAUGGAGAAGGUGAUGUGGCUGGAGAUGAUGAUGAUGAUGAUGAUGAUGAUGAUGAUGAUGAUGAUGAUGAUUCACCUGAUCCUGAAAGUCCAGAUGACUCUGAAAGUGAUUCAGAGUCAGAGAAAGAAGAGUCUGCUGAAGGACUCCAAGCUACUGAGCACCCUGAUGAAGUGGAGGAUCCCAAAGACAAAAAAGAUGCAAAAAGCAACUAUAAAAUGAUGUUUGUUAAAUCCAGUGGUUCAUAACUCCCAAACACUUAGUCUUUGUAUUAAAAGUAAGCCUUAUUGCUAUAAUGCACAGUGGAGGACUGCUUAUAGAGCACAGACCUUUGUAUUAUAAUUUUUAAAAAGGCCCUUUUAAAUAAUUACAAAGAGUGCUUGCUUUCAGAUGCCAUGGAUUACACUUUUAUGGGCAUGACUAUAACCAUUUUUGUAAAGAGUAAGAGUUGUAUAAAAUAAGAAAUAAAUACAAUACUCAAUUUCCUCUCAUAUUAGCAUCAUCAAAUUCUAAUCUCACCUUUUUACCCUUCAGAUAGUUAUGGAGGAGACUCUUUUCUGUGGU